AUGAGCGGAUGGGCUGGGUUUUCAGAAGACGAACUGCGGAGAGUGCAGCAAAAAGAGUCUGCGACAGUAAGCGUGCGCAAACUACGAGCGCCCAACCGGAGUCGGCAGCAAUUGGAACGAGAGAAGAUAUCGCUGAGAGCCGCUCAGGCAUUUGUGUCCCAUGAACUUCCACCGGAGCAGCAGCUUAAUAAACUGCCAUCAAGUUGUGAACAUGAGAACACUGAAACAGUGGGUCCCGCUGCCAAAGGGGAUACGCAGCUUUGUUUUGGCGAAGAAAACUGUAAAGCAGCUAUAAUGGAGCAAAAUUCCGCAGUAAAGGAGCUGGAGACGCCAGAGAUAGAGCUUCGAGACAAGACUCGCCUGGAGCAACUGCAAAGGGAACACAAAAUAAUAGAAGAGAGCAACAAACGCAAGAAGGCUCUGCUUGCCAAAACUAUUGCUGCAAAGUCACAACAAACUCAAGCUGAAGCGGUGAAGCUGAAGAGAAUACAAAUAGAAUUGCAAGCCCUCGAUGACCUCGUUUCUAAUGAUAUUGGCAUUCUGAGAGGAAAGAUUGAGCAAGCCAGUUGGGACUACACAACUGCCAGAAAGCGGUAUGACAAGGCAGAGACUGAGUAUGUCAAGGCAAAGUUAGACUUACACAGGAAAACAGACGUAAAGGAGCAGCUGACAGAGCACCUUUGCGCUAUCAUCCAGCAAAAUGAGCUACGCAAAUCUCACAAGCUUGAAGAACUGAUGCAACAAUUGCAGCUUCAGGCCACUGAGAAGGAACUAGAAAUGCAGAAAGUUGAAGAUGACAAUGUGGGAAGCUUUGAAUCGCAAGGGAAUGUGAAAGAACACGAUGGCGUAUUGGAGAGUCAGGAGCGAACAGUGCAACGGACACCCACAGAGGAUGGAAGUCAGAAGUGUAAUGGAGUCAAGCUGGAGCAAAAAUUGAGGAAGGAAGAACAGCCUGAGCAAGAUGAAAAUUGUUCACAACUACGGAAUGAUUGCUCAUACACUUGA